CACCUGGUGCAGAGGAGCCUGGUCCUCUUCGUCGUCGGUGCUUUCAUGGCCCUGGUGCUGAACUUGCUGCAGAUCCAGAGAAAUGUGACUCUGUUCCCUGACGAAGUGAUUUCCACUCUCUUCUCCUCUGCCUGGUGGGUGCCCCCGUGCUGCGGGACAGCAGCAGCGCGGUGCGGCCUGGAAGCACCAGUGAGCGGCGCCGGCGCCGUGGCGCGGAGGCGAGCGUGGAAACACGCGCUCCCCACGCAGCUGACGCCGUGUUUCUCCAGU